AUGGAGGGUGAUAAAUACCCGUACCAUGUCAACAUGGCCAACUAUCCACCGAACGUUCCUAAAUUUCCAAGUUCUCAAGAAAUGUUCCGACGUGAAGUUCCUGAAAAAUACACUAGGAUUAUUGGAAGAAAGUCGACACAGCGCUGGACUGACAAAUGGUACGAUUCUGGAUACCCAACUCUUAGAAGGGAAGAAUUACCCAAGCUAGCUGAUCGACAAGAACCUUGCAACCAACCCUGGCAAUACCAACUAGGCGUGUCAGCCAUGCCAAAAUGGACUAAAGACGGGAAGGAUUGGCCCGUCUCUUCCAGCUACCUAAAACAAGGUCGACCACCAGCAGAAACCACACGCGCUCGUGGCAUCAAUCGUCUGUUCCUUCCAAAAGAGGAGAAUUUCUAUCCUUUCUCUAAUUAUAUGACAUCGACAUACCGGAAGCCAGUUUAUUCCAUGUUAGGGCCUCUACAGAAACGACCGGUAUACGGUGUUACACAUCAGCACAACAGACAUGGUUUCAUGUCCUUUGAAGACUAUUAUUAGAUGCAUUGGUUUACAAUAAUUACUAUAAACGUUUAAAUGAUCGCAUUUUUAUCACACAGUUGCAAUUGUGUUCAUGUUUUUGUACCAUGUUUCCUUAACAGAUUCGACCAUAUGAGUGUUGUAGGUUUAAUGAUUUGAACAUUUACAAACAGCUUUUAUAUCAUGUAUAUAUUUAUGUAGCUACAUGUUAUAUUUCUAGAA